AGGUGUGAUCAAUCCCAUCGGGGGUGUCAAGGGUGGUCGGACGGCCCCGCUGCAGUGUGUUUCUGUAGCCGAGGGACAUUCAAAGCCUGUCCUGUGUGUGGAUGCUACAGAUGAGCUGCUAUUCACUGGCUCUAAAGAUCGAACUUGUAAGAUGUGGAACCUGGUAACUGGUCAAGAGAUCGUCACCCUCAAAGGUCACCCAAACAAUGUAGUGUCAGUCAAAUACUGUCCUUCCUCCUGUCUGGUCUUCUCCGUCUCCACCUCCUACAUCAAGGUGUGGGACAUCCGCGACUCUGCCAAGUGUAUCCGCACGCUUACUUCAUCGGGGCAGGUGGUUUCAGGUGAUGCAUGUGCGGGCACCACCACCCGCACAAUAACCUUUGCACAGGGUGAAUGUCAGAUUAACCAGAUAGCCCUCAACCCGUCAGGAUCUGUGCUGUACGCUGCUGCUGGAAACAGUGUUCGCAUGUGGGACCUCAACAG